AUGGAUUCUGUCGAACUUAGCGACGAGUGGAUCCUCCUCGCGAACCGUGAACAGCGGAUGGGCGAGUUAACUCGACGAGGGUUAUCCGCGGAAGGGACCGACACUGAAUUGGCCCUCCGGUUACUACGUUUGUUACGUCGCGGCGGAGACUCGGAAAGCGCCUCCGCGGUAAACCACCCGGUAGAUACAGAAUGCCUACAGGUUCCCGCGGGGAAUACGCACCCGGAUAGUCCGUCCGCGGAUAGGAUCGCGCGCCUCUCCGGCUCCCCGCCGGACCACGACAGCUUAAAUGGGACCCUUCGGGACUCGGGCCAUAAUUCCGCUGCCGACGCCUAUAACAUGAUGCGUAAAUGGAAUUUGAAAUUCUCGGGCGCGCGCAGCGAAGAUGCGGAAACGUUUUUGUUGCGCGUGGAGGAGGGCCGCGAAUUAAUUCCCGUCUCAGAUGCAGACAUUUUACGAUGCCUGCCGUUCUUCUUAUCGGGUAUCGCGCUGCAUUGGUUCCGCGGGAUCAGGGAUAGCCUGACUACCUGGGCCGCGUUUAGGGAGGAAUGGCGUACGCGCUUCGGGGACCCCGACUUCCAAUUCGCGCUUCGCGACGAGAUAAUGCGGCGUACGCAGGGGGAGACAGAACCCGUCGCGGACUUUUUGACGUGCCUCAGCUCGCUAUACGAUCGGCUAUCGCCGCCGUGGCGCGAAGAAGAGAAGGUCGGCUACGCGCACCGACACCUUCUACCUCGAUUACAGACUUUGAUUCCUCGGGACGCGGUAACUAAUAUGAAGGCGCUCGAGCGGUGGGCCACGCGAGCCGAGACUAGCUGCCGCGCCGCGCAAACUUAUCGGGCACCUCCCCCGCCAGAGCAAUCCUUAUUUCCGGAUCUCGCAUAUCGGGUAGCUAAAGGCGCGAAUCGCCGUUCCGGCGGAAAUUCUCGCGAUACCGUGGCCGCGCUUGGUACUUCUACCGCAAAUUCGAUGUUAUGUUGA